AUGAACAAAUCUGAAGUUUAUUCGACAUUACCGAACAAAGCUCCGAAUGAUUUCGAAUUACAAGUUCUAGAUGAUGAUGCCAACUAUAAAUCAACAGUCGAACGAUUUGAAUUUGAGUAUGGAUCAAUAGAGAAGAAGAAGAAACUUAUUUUUUUCAUUAUAAAUAAUCUCCUAACAGACGCUGAAUGUCAACAUUAUAUCAACGAAAGUGAACGUGCUGGAUAUACACCAUUAGACGGUUAUCAAAUCUCAUAUCGUUCGAAUGAUCGUGUAACCAUUGUUUCACAAUCAUUAUCUACUCUAUUAUUCAAACGUAUAUAUGGUUAUUUUCCCGAGUUGAUCACUCAUCAUAAUGAUGCAUGGAAAUCUAUUGGAUUGAAUGAAGUAUUUCGAUUCUGUCGUUACGGUUCUGGUGGUGUAUUUGGUGCACAUCGUGAUACCUACUUUUCUCGUUCAGCAAGAGAACGAAGUUUUAUGACAAUUAAUAUCUAUUUAAAUGAUACUGAUGCAGGUUGUACAAGAUUUUUGAAUCCGACGAAUAAAGAGGUCAUUUUCGAAUGUCAACCAAAAACUGGAAAAGCUCUCGUCUUUCUACACAAUGAAUAUCAUGAUGGUGAUGUAUUACGAUCGGGUUCGAAAUAUCUAAUGAGAACAGAUUUAAUGUAUCAAUUAGAAAUUGAAAAUGAAAUACAAACUGAUUGUUCAAAUGAUAAGCGAACUCAGGCAAAAAAAUUGUAUGCACAAGCAUCAGAAUUUGAAGAAAAAGGACAAUAUAAUAAAGCUGUUCAAUACUACAAGAAAGCAAUUAAUAUGUGGCCAACAAUUGAACAGGAAAUGAACGAUUAG